AUGGCCGCCGCUUCUUCAUUCUCAUCGUCCAUCUCUCAAUGGAAUGUAUUUUUGAGCUUUCGAAGAAAAGACACACGGAACUUCACAUCUCACCUCUAUGCUGCUCUAGACAGGGAAGGGAUCAAAACACUCAAAGAUGAUGAGAAACAAGAAAAAGGAGAGCUCACCUCUAAAGCACUCAAAAAGGAAAUCAACGAAUCAAGGUUUUCCGUUAUCAUAUUCUCAAGGAACUAUGCUGGUUCCAGAUGGUGCUUAGAAGAACUCGCCUUGAUUAUGGAACGUUGGGAAAAGCAUGACCAAAAGGUUUUUCCAGUUUUCCUCUCAGGUGUCCAUCCAUUGGAUGUAAAACACCAUAAGGGUAGCUUUGAAGAGCCUUUUGGAGAGCAUGAAAAACGCUUCGGCCGAGAGAUGGUGGAACGGUGGAGGUCAGCCUUGAGAGCAGCUUCUCAACUCUACGGGUGGAGCUUCAAAGAAUUUGGGUAA